AUGACAGUGUCAAACGAUAUGAAGCUAUCCGAGGUUCCAUCAAAGCAUGAUACGGAGCAAGCGGUCAUGGACAUUCAAGACGGGAACCUGAAGCAGCACGAGAUCCGGGACCUCGAUCCUGCUCUCCAAUUCAUGAACGCAGAGGAGAUUGAAUAUACCCCCGGCGAAGCCAAGAAGGUUUUGUCCAAAAUCGAUCGAGUCCUCAUGCCCUUGCUCUGUUGGGUCUAUUUGAUUCAGUUUGCCGACAAAACGUCAUUGAACUAUGCCUCGCUUAUGGGCAUUCGGGAAGACACUCAUUUGGAUCCCAACUCGCAGCAAUACAGCUGGGUCUCGAGUAUUUUCUAUGCUGGAUAUAUCUUUUGGGAAUUCCCCACCACUUAUCUGCUUCGCCGUCUGCCCCUGGGCAAAUACACCUCAGUCAAUAUCGUGCUCUGGGGUAUCGCACUCGUCUGCCAUGCAGCCACUCAUAACUAUGCGAGCCUACUUUGCGUCCGCUUCUUCCUAGGCGCAUUUGAGGCAACAGUAACGCCGGCCUUUGUCUUGUUCACUUCUUGCUGGUAUAAGCAAGAGGAACAAGCCAAACGCAUGGGCCUUUGGCUCAGUUGUAACGGAUUAGCCCAGCUGCUGAUUGGGCCCAUCGCCUACGGCCUAGCAGGUGUACAUGGAACUUCCAUCGCUGUCUGGAAAAUCCUCUUUCUGGUAUUUGGUCUGCCCACUGUCCUAACGGGUAUAGUAUAUUUUUGGUACAUGCCCGACAAUCAAGUCCAGGCCGGGUUCUUGAAUCACCGCGAGAAGCUUAUUGCCAUUGAUCGGAUUCGAGGCAACUUCCAAGGAAUCGGCAAUCAAACAUGGAAAUGGCCCCAAUUUUUUGAAGCAUUUCGCGACCCGCGCACCUAUCUCUACGUCCUGUUCUCGUUGCUCAUGAACAUCCCCAACGGGGGAAUCACGACCUUUGGAUCUAUCAUCAUCAGCUCCUUUGGAUUUUCCAAACGCAUGUCCCUGAUUUUGAACAUGCCAAUGGGCAUCGUGGACAUUACCUGUAAACUGGGACUGACCUAUCUCUCCGACCGGUUCUUUGAUCGCACCCUCUUUGCCAUAAUUGCCAUUCUGAUUCCCAUGAUCGGCGGUAUCAUGAUGAUUGUGAUCCCCGUUCAUGCCAAAGCUGGCUUGCUGGUAGGAUACUACUUCAUCGGUGCCGCUGGAACUGCCUGGUGUCUCGUUAUGGUGAUGAUUUCGAACAACACCCUAGGGUAUACCAAGAAAGCAACAGUGAACGGCCUCCAGAUCGUGGCCUACGCAGCCGGAAACUGGAUCGGUCCUCAAACAUUCCGCUCAACCCAGUCGCCUGAAUAUUUUGAUGGCAAGCUGAUGGUCGCCGUCAUGUAUGCUCUGGCAGCGGUCACCUUGGCAGCAAUUCGGGUCAUCAACAUCAUGGAGAACAAGAGACGCGACCGCAAGGCGAUCGAGGACCCUGACACUGCACAUGCUACCCUUGGCUCUGAAUUCCUGGAUUUGACGGAUUUCGAGCAGCCAACCUUUCGCUAUGUGCUGUGA